AUGAGCCUAGUGGGCCGGGGUUCAGCUGAACAAGGGGAGCUGGCAGGCCGGACUGGACAAGUGCUCAAUGUCAUCAACGACAGUACCAAGUGGAUUGUGAGUUCACUUGUGUUUGCGGUGCUGGUGUGGAACCCCAACUUCAAGUCAGCCUGGUGGGUGUCCGGAGCGAUCAUCAAUUCUUUCGUUUGUAAGACACUGAAGCUGGUAAUCAACGAGACCCGUCCUGAGAGCUCCAGAAGGCGUGAGCCUGGCAUGCCUUCUUCUCAUGCAAACAGUCUGGCGUUCCUGUCCAUCUUCUCUGCACUCGCCCUGUACUCUGAACGCAGCAUUCCAGGCACCACGGUCGUGGCCGCCACCAUCGUUGCCUCGGCGAUGUUCUUGAGCUGGCUGAGGGUCGCGCUGGGAGAUCACACCACCGCCCAGGUGCUCGCGGGGUUUGCCUUGGGGAGCAGCCUCGCGGCGGCGUGGUGGGGAAUCGGCACAGCCACGGCAUACCCCCUUCUCACGUCCUCCCCCAAUCUGCGGCUCCUGCUGUGUGCAGUGACAGUGGUGGCCAUCGGCCUGUUUGCGGGCGCCAACCUGGCUCCCAAAGUGCUGGCCGUGCUCGGGAUGUCGGGCGGAUCCAAAGAGGCGUGA